AUGUCCAAGGAGAUCAUAACAAAAGAUCCCAAUUCCUGGAACAGCUCUGAUCAAGAAAUGCUCUGGCAAUCUGAGCGAAGUAGCGCAGGAUCAGAAGUUUUGGGGAGCCAGAAGACAUUGAAUGAAUCGUUGAAGAGAUUGAUGAUACCUUUAGCUGUGGUUUGUUUGUGUGUCUUCUAUCAAAACAUUCUAUUUAAGGCUCCUCCUCUACAUCUCUUCAUAACAAGACUUAAUCCGUUCAAAUUAGCAAACUGUUGUUUUGAGCCGAAAUUUACUGUUGUUUUGAGCGGAAAUUUGCAAAUGGCCUGA